GCCGAGAUGACGCGGCUGCUCUCACCCUCAAGUUCGCAGCUAUGGCGUCGAUCCUUAUCUCCGGAGCUGCCGGAGUCUCUAUUCCUCUCGUUGGAACCCUCCUCCCGUUAAACGGUGGCUUAAUGCGAGGAGCUAAAGCGUUUGCUGCAGGAGUGAUCCUCGCAACAGGGUUCGUUCACAUGCUCUCCGGCGGAUCCGAAGCUUUGUCCGACCCGUGUCUGCCGGAAUUUCCAUGGAAAAUGUUCCCUUUUCCAGAAUUCUUCGCCAUGGUCGCCGCGCUUCUCACUCUGCUCGCGGAUUUCAUGAUCACGGGAUACUACGAGAGGAAACAGGAGAAGAUGAUGAACCAGUCAGUCGAGUCGCUUGGUACGCACGUUUCGGUUAUGUCUGACCCAAGUCUUGAAUCGGGUUUUCUGAGGGAUCAAGAAGAUGGAGGGGCGUUGCAUAUUGUGGGGAUGCGGGCUCACGCGGAGCAUCACCGUCAUAGCCUCUCCAUGGGUGCCGAAGGUUUUGAGGCUCUCGCAAAGAGAAGUGGAGUUUCCGGUCAUGGACACGGCCACGCCCACGGCGACGUAGGCUUGGACAGUGGUGUAAGGCACGUUGUUGUUUCUCAGAUACUUGAAAUGGGAAUAGUGUCACAUUCAGUAAUCAUAGGAAUAUCGCUUGGAGUAUCACAUAGCCCAUGCACCAUACGUCCUCUCCUUCUCGCUCUUUCCUUUCACCAAUUCUUCGAAGGUUUCGCCCUAGGGGGCUGCGUCGCAGAGGCCAGACUAACCCCGCAAGGAUCUGCCAUGAUGGCUUUCUUCUUCGUCAUCACUACUCCCAUCGGUGUAGCCGUGGGAACGGCCAUUGCCUCAUCUUACAACUCUUAUAGCGUUGCGGCAUUGGUGGCUGAAGGAGUCCUUGAUUCUCUCUCUGCGGGAAUACUUGUUUACAUGGCGCUUGUGGAUUUGAUUGCUGCGGAUUUCUUGAGCAAGAAGAUGAGUGUUGACUUGAGAGUUCAAGUUGUUUCUUAUUGCUUUUUGUUUCUUGGAGCGGGGAUGAUGUCUGCUCUUGCUAUUUGGGCUUGAUCACUUUCAUCUUUUUUUUUUGUUGCUAUAUCUUUAUUUUUCUUUUAUGGAUUUGUGUAUUUUAGUUUGAAUAUUGUCCAUGCAUGUGAUUUGUGAGUCUUGUUGUUUGUAGUAAUUUGUUUAUGACAGUAAUAAUUGGACUAGACAAUU